AUGCCACACCGUGCGACUGCGCUGUCGCUCCUCGCGGCCGCGGUCGUCGUCCUCGGCGCCGACCAGAACGACCCGACGCUGCCGGUCAAGUCGGGCGUCGGCAUCUGGAUCGACGUCGACACGCCCGCCGACCAGUACCAGAUCACGAGCUCGCGCGGCGAGACGUGGGACCUCGUCAUGAGCGACGAGUUCAAUAUCGAAGGCCGCAACUUUACUGCUGGCGAAGACCACCUCUGGACAGCGCUCGACAUUCCCGAUGGCGUCAACCGUGCGAUUGGCAUCUACACGCCCGAGAAUGCAAUCACGCAGAACGGCUCGUUCCACAUCCGCGUCGACUCGCGCGAGAUUGACGUGAGCUUCUACAACGUCUGGUCGGAAGCGCCUGCGUGGGCGUCCAAGAAGAUGUGGUAUGCCUCGGCGAUGAUGCAGACGUGGAACAAGUUUUGCGUCCAAGGCGGCUUUGUCGAGAUCUCGGCCAAGAUGCCCGGUGCUACCAAUAAGGAGUCGCUCAACUCGCACGUGACUGGCAAGCGCUGGGACGGCACCAAGGACAUUCCCGUGAAACCCAUGGAUCGGAUUCCCGAAAUCCGGUUUUACCCAACCUGGCCGGGCCUUUGGAUGAUGGGCAAUUUGGGCCGAGCGCUCUUUGCAGCGUCGACCAACCGCGUCUGGCCCUGGACGUACAACGAGUGCGACGAGCGGUACCGGACGUCCCAGCGCAUCUCAGCGUGCGACCCGAACCCUGGCUAUGGCAUGCACCCCUACAUGGGACGUGGGUCGCCCGAAAUCGACAUCCUCGAAGGCGGUGGCAGUGACAUCUCGUCGUCGAUCCAGAUCGCGCCGGGCAUGCCGGACGAGUACCGUCUGAAGUUCCCGGAUAUGCAGUACGAACGAACCAACUACACCGACCCCCAAGGUCGCAAGGGCCAGGGCCACCUCUUUUGCUACUACGAAAAGACGUGUACGACACCAGGCGCCAACAUGGCUGACGUUCCGACGUCGGCGUUUGCGUCUCGCGGCCACAAGUCGUGGUACCAAGGCCUGCGAUAUGCUGCAAACGAACGGUGCACACCGGUGCAAGCCCUAAAGCAGCAGUACGAGCCCGUCGCCAAGGCGCAGAAUGGCCCCAUCAUCGACAACCAGUGGGACGUCAAGACCAUUAGCUCGGGCCGCGACCUCCACGCAGAUCUGGGCCUCAUCGACGGCAAGGGUCCUCUUCAUUGGGGCAUCAACUACAACGGGACGUGCUUCCCGAUUGCGAACGGCUACAAGGGCGGCUUCCUCUGCGAUCGCGACAGCCAGUUCUCCAAGUGCGAGAACCCGCGCAAGGACUGGCAGGUGCCGACCAAGAUGAUGGAGCCGUUCGAGUAUCAAAUGGACGCUAUCUCGUCCAACUGGCAGAUCAGCUUUGAGGCAUACACGACGUACUACAAGUACCAGCUCGAGUGGGUUAUUGGUGACGAAGGCUACGUGCGCUGGAACCUCGCGGGGGCGCCGAUCUUUGAGAUCCCGUCAGCGUCGUUGACCAACCCGCCGCAGGGCCCGCCAGGGAAGGAGAAGAAUCCCCCCAAGAUCAUGAUCGAAGAGCCGAGCUACUUUAUCUUCAACGUCGCGAUGGCGUCGGCCUGGGGUGCCACACCGCCCAACUGGGAAAUUGGCGGCUGCCGCGGCAACGCGACGCAUCCUAAACCAGGUUCGUGGGAGCACAAGGUGACCAACAACAUUUGCGACUCGUUUCCCAUGUUCCUCUCGGUCGACUACAUCCGCGUCUGGCAAGACACCAAGACGAUGAGCGUCGGCUGCGACCCGGCGUCGCACCCGUCCAAAGAGUUUAUCAAGGCGCACAUCACCAACUACACCGACCCGAAGAACCCGUAUAUCAUCGUGGCAGGCGGCGCGACCUGCAACACGGAUGACGACUGCACGCCGGCUGCUAGUAUCACGGGUUCGUGUGUGAACCGCCGCUGCAAGUGCAUGGGCGUCUGGACGGGGCCCCGGUGCACCAAGUACGACCUCGAAGAGUCGACGUACGGCCCGCCGAUGUACGCGAUGGUGGGCAUCUUUGGCGUUGCAUUCCUCGGGCUUGGCUUUUCGACGUUGGUGCGCAGCCGACGACACGCGAUUCUACGCCUGCAGCACGAGCACGAGCUCCGCGCCGAGAAGGAGCGAAGCCACUCGGCUGCGUCCAACGACCCACUGCCUCCGCAAGCCAUGGCGUCGGAGGUGAGUAUCAUUAUGGGUGACCCUCCAAAGGCUGCGCACGAUCACCGACCGUCCCCGUACUAG